AUGGAUUGGGAUGAUGAAUAUUCCCAUAAUUCAUUUGACCUACAUUGUUUGUUAAACUCAUUUCCUGGAGACUUGGAGUUCAAGCAGAUCUUCAGUGACAUUGAUGAAAAGAUUGAACAAAAUGCGACAAGCAUAGAACAUUGCAUUAAAGAAAUACAGACUGAAGUUAAUAAACAGUGUCCAGAUGUGCAGCUGCAAACAUCAAUUGACUGCUUUGAAUGGCUAACUAACUAUAAUUAUAAUAUAUCUAAAUCACCUUCCAUUCUCCAUGGAGAGAUGAUAAAAUUCCUCAGAACACUGCAAGAUUUGUUGAAGAAUGAACAAAAUCAAGAAGAAAUGAUACUUGAUUUACUUUGGGAUCUCUCCUGCCAGAGCAGCGUUUCAUUCCCAUCGACUCUAAGUGGAACAUCUUUCCAUUUCCUCUCUAGGACUUCUCUUCAUUCUGUUGAAGAUCAUUCCUCUAUGGAUGCAAAAUCUAUAUGGGAUGAUAUAAGACUGCAUCUUCGACGCUUCUUAGUGAGGAAGUUGCAAAGCUACAAUGAAAUAAACAAUUCACAGCAAAAAAUUUUAUUGAAAAAUCAAUGCUUACAACAACUCUUGUUUCUUUAUCCAGAAUCGGAUGUUAUAAUCAAGUACCAAAACAUACAGAAUAAACUGUUGGCUAAAGUUCUGCAGAACUUUUUUCCUUCUUACAGCAGAGAUUCAAAUUUAGACAUAAUAGUUCAUGGAUGUCAAAGCACAAUGCUUAAGUUAUACUCAAUGCUAAAAGAGGAUUUUAACAUACUCUGUGAAAUUUUAGCUCCGUCUUCGACAGUGAAAUUCAUUAAAGAAACUUACCUGGAUACAGUUACAGAAGAAAUGGCAAAAUUUCUUGAAAAUUUUUGUGAGCUGCAGUUCAAAGAAAAUGCCGUCCGUGUGGUUAAAACAAGCAAGAGCUCCAGCAAGCAUAGAGGAGCAGUGCAUGCUUUGGUUACUCCUGAAAGCCCACAGAAAGGAGGAAACUUCGCCCUCACCUUAGAUGAACUCGAAUUCUUAUCACGGCUCAUACAAUCCUUUUUGAAAGUGGAAAAAAAUGUUCAAGAAUUGUUUGAAGAAAUGUUUUUAUCACUCAAGAUACUGAGAAAUACUUCAGGAAUUUUGGAGAAAUCCAAUAGAGGAGUAAUAGAGAAACCUAGAACAAAUGAAACCAGUAUUUAUUCAGAGCAAUUGCUACCAGUAAAAGAGGCUACUUUACUAGAUUUUGGCUGGAGAAGUGCAUUUAAAGAAGUAUUUCUUCCCAUGGCAUGUAGCAUAACAAUUGCAAUUGAAGAUUUUUCCACAAAAAUUCUCCAACAGGAACAGAAUGAAAGGUCUUCAGCUGUGAGCUAUGCUAUGAACCUUGUAAAUGUCCAGCAAGUUUGGCAAGACAGCCAUGUGUUUCCUGAGGAGGAACAACCAAAGAAAAUUGCAAAGUUUUGUUCUGACAUCAUGGAAAAACUCGACACAAUGCUUCCACUGGCUCUGGCAUGCAGAGAUGAUUCCUUUCAGGAAAUUAGAGCAAACUUGGUGGAAGCCUUUUGUAAAGUGGCAACAGCUGUCCUGGAGAGACUGCAAGAGAGAGGCAAGGAGGUUCCUUCCAGAGCACCCCUGAAAAACUUGCACACACUCCUCUCCACAGCAGUGUAUGUUUUCCAGCAUUUCACGCAGUAUGAGAAUUUGAUGAAAGAAACUACUAAAAAACCCAUAUUCCUGGUGCCUGUCCAACGAUAUCAGGAAUUCAUCAACACUCUACAGUUUCAGGUUACAAACUACUGCGUCAGAGUUUGUGCUACAAGCAUUUUACAGGAUGCUGAGAGCCACCACUGGGAUGACUACAAAGCUUUUUAUGAGGGGGAAAGAUGCUCCUUCUCAAUCCAGAUGUGGCAUUAUUUCUGCUCGGCUCUUCACCACGAUCUCUGGACCAUUCUGUCUUCUAAGUUAGCCCAGGAGAUUCUAGCAGAAGUGCUGGAGAAAUCUUUGGGUCUACUGGCCUCCAGAUAUGCUCGGGCCCAUCCCAGUUACAAGAGAACUCCACAGAUAAGACUUGAUGUCACAACAAUUUUAAUAUGCACUGAGAACAUGUUAUGGUCAGUUUGUACAUCUGUACAGAAACUUCUGAAACCUCAUGAAUAUAUAGAUGAUAAAAUUUUAAAAAUUCAUACCCAUUGUAAUAAUCUAUUUACAACAUUAGUCAUUUUGACUUCACCAUUAACAGAAUUAUAUAAGACUUUUCAGCAUGGCAUGGAAAAAUCUGCUGCAGAUUCCUUAAAAUCAUGUUUUAAGCAACCAUUACACUGGAUUUCUUGCAUAUCACAUUUCUACCCUACUUUACUCAGGACUCCAUCAGCUGGAGGACUGAAAGCCGAGGGUCAGUUGAAACUGCUCUUAUCCCAGCCAGGUUGUAAUUGGAACCUGCUUCUGGAAACCCUACUGCAUCAUGAUGGUCUUUUACUGAGAAUCUUGCUGAAGAGCUCAAUCUCAAAGUGCACGGGGUCUGAGCCCGAGUUCAUACGAUGCUUGAGGUUGACACUGACUGACGCCAUCAAGGACAUUGUACAGCAGAUAGUGUCUGUGAUGAGCUCUGGGAGAAACUCUGAGACAAACCUAAACAAGCACAGUGUUCCUGACUGUUUGCUUGAGAGCAUUCCAAAAGAAUGGAAUUAUAUUCCAAAAGAAAGCAAAAGGAAAGAAUCGAGCAAAGGCUUCACCAGGCUUGCCGCUCAGGCAUUAUCUAUUGUAAUCAGCAAGUUACCUACGGUGAUUGCAUGUUUGCCUCCCCCAAUUAAAUACUUCUUUUUUCUGUCUGAGAGAAAAAUGUCAAAAAACUUUGUUGAAUUGAAGAAAGCUGGCCUGCUUGUCUGGAACUUGAUUGUAAUUAUAUGUCGGAUAUUUGAGGAUGGAAACACUGUGGAACUUUUAACAGGUGCCUCCCUUGACAGAUGGAGUAAAGAAAAACUCGGUUUAAUGUGUGUGUGUUUGGAAAGCAUCAUGGGAGACCAGGCGAGUAGCCCUAAUCAAGUGAUCCAAAAGGUCAUGCAGAGCAUCGAGCAGCAAAAGCCCAAGUGGAUUGAAGGCCAAUUGUUGAAAGCAAGGAAAUUGAGUACUGAAUGUGCAUUUAUGACAAUAAAGGAAAGCACAGCCUUAGAAGAAGGAGAUAUUGCUCUUGAACUGACUGAGCAGAAAAUAAACACGAUGGUCCUGGAUCUCUGCCACAAACCAGGUGGCAGCGAGUACCUGAGGCAAAUUUAUCACAUCAUGCGGCUCAAUGAGGAAUAUUUAAAAGAACAGCUGCUUUGUAUGAAUGGUUCAGAGGAAAAGCCAUUACCCACCCGACCUUUAAAGACGACCUUGAGAAGUGUGGAAGAUCAGCCUUCUGCCUUUAACCCUUUCCAUGUCUAUAAGGUGUUUAGUGAAAACAUGCUAGAUCAGGUAUCCAUCACAAAAUGGAACUGGAAUUGGGCAAAUUUGCUGCCAAAUUAUCUGGGACUAGAUAAGAUGACCUUCAGUGUACUUCUCCAAAACAGGUGGGAAAUGAGGAAGGAUGAAACACUAGAAGAGGAAGAAAAAGCAAUGCUGGAACAUUUAAAACGAAUUUGCACCAUGCAGAACUCUUCUGCCUCAGAUAACACAGAGGAACAGUAA